AUGUGUUGUAAACAAAACAUUCCAUUUUUUGUUCCUACCGGGCCCGUGAACGGUGGAGAAUCAACUAAGUCUCGCUUUUGGGCCUUGGGUGUCAGUUUUGACACAACAGUUUUGCCAAAACAUAUCUUUGAUACACACUGGUGCAUUGUUCUUGAAACACCCGUUUGUCUUAUAACCGAAUUUCUUGAAAUUAGUUUUAUAAAUUAUAUCUUGGAUACGAUUCACAUUAUUGAGUUUUUCAGGGUCACUGUGCGUUUAGGCGAUUUGAACUUAGAUCCUAAUGUAACUGAUGGAUCUGAACCAAUAGAUAUUCCAAUUUCACAAAUCAUGGUACAUGAACAAUAUAACGAAAAACAAUCAUACAUAAAUGAUAUUGCAUUAUUAAAAUUAGAAAAAAGUGUUAUAUUCAAUGAGCUCAUUCAACCCAUCUGUUUGCCAGUCUUAUCUCAUCAUAGAUCAAACAAGUUAUUAGACUCUGCACCGUUUGUUGCUGGAUGGGGUUCCGAAUCACUUAAGGGACCGCUGUCUUCUGUCUUAAUGGAAAUUCAAGUGCCCGUGAUAGAUAAUGCAGAAUGUAAACGAGCAUAUUAUUACAGCAAAAAAAUCAUUAUCGACGAUAGGAUAAUAUGCGCUGGAUCGGGCGAAAAAGACGCUUGUCAUGGAGAUUCUGGAAGUCCGUUGAUGUGGCCAAGUGGUAGUCAAUAUUAUUUGGUGGGUGUUGUGUCCGCCGGAUUUAACUGCGGUGUACCAGAAUAUCCAGGUGUAUAUACUAGGGUGUCAUAUUUUGUCGACUGGAUUGUAGAUAAAAUGAAUAACAGUUAA